UUGAACUAAGUGAACAGUUCCGAUUCAAUAUUCUAAUCCAAAAUAUAUACUAUAGUUAAACAUGUUUGUGAAGGGAUUAAUUAAAGUAGGUAUACCAGUAUUUACUGUGUCAUCUAUAAUAAGCAUGUCUAAUGGACAAAUAAAAAAUGAACCAAAACGUAAAUUCUAUGAAGAUGAAGUCGAUGUUGUUCCUCGUCCUGGAACUGUAGUUCCUGCAUCAGGUACUGAAUUAGAAGCACUUGGUCCAAAUAAGAUUGUUGAUGGUAUAUCUGUUCGUUCUCCAACUGCUAUAGAAUCAUUUUUCAAAUCAGGAAGAGGAAUCACUACUGAUAUUUAUUUUAAAAUUCAAAAUUAUAUUAAUCAAGGUUAUGUAAAAUAUAAUGAAACUGAACGUAAAGUUACUAAUUCAGUAAGUGAAUUACAUAAUAAAUCUGAAGAUUUAUUACCUAACUCAAUUUAUAUUGUCAUUGCUACAUUAUCAGGAAAUAUAGCUGCCCGUCAAAGAGGAAUUUUUGCUAAAAUAACUUUCCCAGUUGUUUUAGGUCUUGCAUCAUUUAAAUACUUUUUACCUGAAACUUUUAAUAAUACAAGAAUCUUUGCAUGGAAAUUAGAGAAACAGAAUUUACCACAAAUUGCUGAACAACAAGAAUUUGUAUAUAAUAAGGCUGGUGAAUUAGUAGACACCAUAGAAAAGACUUCUGAUUCAAGUAUUAAAUCCGUUGAAAGUUCAUAUCAAAGUAUAAGAAAGUCAAUUGCUGAUGUCACCGGUUUAAAUAUAGAUGAAGAAGUAUCUAAAAAGUAACAUAUCUUUGUAUAACUAUAUAUAUUCAUAAGUCAACUUACAACUUCAUUUGCUAGUGAGAUUUACAGGUUUUUAAUGUAAUAAAAUUUACAGGUUGAGUACCUAAACUUUUUCGAUCUCAGCUGCAAAAUUUUGUUAUUAGCACCAAUCUUUAACCGCCAUAACUAAAACCUCUAUAUUCUUCGAACUGAAUCCUUAGGAAAUGAGAGAAAGUCUAAAGUAAGUAUUAAUAACCAAUAUAAGUUGCUAAAUAUAACGUAUUACUAA